AUGAAGCUGGCUUUCGUUGACACGCAAUGUCGGCUUGCUGACAUUUCUAGGCAGUCGGCAUAUACGAAGUUUCUAUUGGAUUACGCUGCCUCCGAAGACAGAAUUCACGGUCUAUGGUGUGAGAUUCUCAAGGAAGAGGAGAAACUACUCACUGCUGCGAAGGAAGGGCACACAGCUGGAAUGUCAUCGGCAAAAAAAGGCGAGAAAGCCCACAGCGCGGGCCUUCACAAAGCAAAAUCAGCCUGUGAUGAAUUUCUGAAAGUUAUCGGGCAAGUUAAUCCGCAAUAUUAG